AUGUCGGAUUCUCCUCUCAAAUCGUACCUCCGGGACGGAUACGGUCCCCGCGCGGUUGACGCCGGUCGUGACGCAGGCCGCAGCGGAGGCAACCGACAAAAGGAAGCCGAAGACAGCGACAGGCGUCGGUCGAAACAACCCUCAUCUCGCAAGACAUCAAAGUCAGAGUCCAGCCAUCGUCGCAAAACCUCCUCAACAUCAACAGCUCCAUCAACCGUCCGAGAACCCACCUCCGACCGACCAAUCUUCGAACUCGAUGUCAUUGGUCAACCUCCACAAAACAUCGUCUAUGGCACAUCAGUCGAGACAUCCGUUCUGCUCAGUCUCCGACUCCCCUCUCCAGAACUCGCCGCCCGCUAUGCCAAUGCCGAUACAUCCCGACUUCUCGCCAUCGUCUCCCUCGUCGAAGAGAGUCGUUCCGGCGAACGCAAACCCAUGGAAAGCGGGACACUGACCAGCCAGCAAAUGUCCGACUCGGUCCAUCCCAUUCCCGAGGAGUAUGCCGAAACACUGGCUCGCAGCCAGCCUGACCGCGCACAUCUUGGAUACUUCACCUUUCCGGCAUUACUCAUUCGACAACCUGGCUUAUUUCGUCUGAGAGUGACGUUGAUUCAAGUCUGUCCUUCUGCCUCGGGAGGUGGAUCGACGGUCGCUGCGGUGGACAGUGAGUCGAUCAAGGUGGAGAGGAGACAUACUGGUUCAAGCUCGCAGAGGAGACAGCAGCGCAUGUGA